AUGGGCUCCUCUCAGAUAAACUGGAAUGCCAACGAUGAAUUCUUCAAGUUCACACGUGGUCGCUUCAUUGUCAAUGAGGUGGAGAAUCUUCGAAAGCGGGAGAUCAGAUUCGACAUGAAUAGCCUUGCAAGGGUCGCAGCAGACUCGGUGGGAGCUGCUCGAUGCACUGCUAUCAAGAAGUACCCGGAUGGCAUGUACAACAAAGCAUUCCUCAUGUCCAUGGACGAUGGCCAAGAAGUUGUCGCCAAGGUUCCCAAUCCGAACGCUGGCGUUCCACACUUUACUACUGCCAGUGAAGUCGCUACAAUGGACUUCGUAGGUUCCUUCUGCCCUCCACCAACACCGAUCUCGCUAACAUGUCUGAUUUGGGAGGCCAGAAAGGUUCUGGGUACACCGGCACCCCGUGUAUACACAUGGAACUCACAUGCCGAAUCGCACUCCGUAGGCGCUGAGUUUAUCAUCAUGGAGAAAGCUCAAGGUGUUCCGCUGUCCCAAGUCUGGGACACGAUGACACUGCAGCAGAAACUCCGGGUGCUUCUUGCCAUGACGCGCCUCCAGAAGCAAUGGCUGAGCGUUUCAUUCUCUCACUACGGUAGCCUGUAUUACACGAAAGACGUACAGCCACCAGCAGGGAGCCACUUCGUCAAGGAUGGCAUGGCUGUGAAAGAUUCGGAGUUUGCCAUUGGCCCGGCUACCGGUCGGGACUGGUGUGAUGCAGGCCGAUCAAGCUUGGACGUCGAGAAAGGGCCAUGGACUUCUCUCACACAGUAUCUACAAGCAGUCGGUGCACGAGAGAGGAAGGCAAUCCAGUCCCUACAACCCCCCAAAACAACCGCCUUGCUCUGCGGCCCAAAGCUAUACCAACCAAACAAGGAAAACAAACUCACUGCGUUAACAUGGUACUCCCAGAUCCUCGAUGCCCUCAUCCCAACCAAUCCAGCCAUUACCAAACCCUCCCUCUGGCAUAACGACUUACACGACGACAACAUCUUCGUAGACCCGCAACAUCCCGAAAAUAUUACGGGCAUCAUCGACUGGCAGUCCUGCCACAUCUCGCCCCUCUUCACCCAUAAUCCUGAUCCAGCCUUCCUGGCCUGGGACGGCCUCGAGCCCGAGACGCUUGACCUGGCACCACGGCCAGCCCUCUCAGGUCUUUCGGCCGCAGAACGCUCCGCAGCUGUGCAGGAGUAUACGCUGCAAAACGUGUUUAUCGGGUGGCGGAAACUCAUGGCCGCCAAGAACGCUGAGCUCUACCGUGUUGUUGAAUUUCGAAAGACGCCAGCGUACGGACUGCUCUUCCUUGCGCACCGGGUCUUCGAGUACGGCGAGGCGCACUUCCAGUCGCUUCUCGUUGACCUGAAGGAUACUUGGGCGGAUCUUCCAGCCAUUAGCGGCACCAGCAACACCGCAUUUCCGUUUGACUUUUCCGAAGCAGAUAUCGAGCGAAUUAAGCGCGAUAGUGAUGGGGCAGUGGCGGGAACCGAGCUCAUUGCGCAGGUUAAGGAGCAUCUGGGCGAUUUGUGGCCGGAUAAGGGGUUUAUCGAGCAUGAGUGUUACGAUGAGUGCAGAGCUGCUCUGCGCGAAGUUAAAGAUAUGAUAUUGGAUCAGUUGGCUGAGAGUGAUGAGGAGAGGGCUGAGUAUAAGCGGCAUUGGCCUUUUGAUUGA